AUGCCUCCCGAUGGUGCCGAUGCAGCAGAAAAAUGUCCUGUAGAUCACAGAACAAGACAGCAAUGGCUUGAAGGAGCUGCUCAAGCCAACAAAUCCGGCAAUCAUUCAGCAAAUCAACCGCCACAUCCUACAAUCCAUCCAGCACUUCCAACUCGAUGGUCUCUCGAUACCAACACCUGGCAAACGAUCCCUCAACAAGCAACACUGCAAACUCCAAACCAAAGAAGCAGACUCAGCACCGACCGUGAAGUCAGCAGCAUUCCCCGUGCAAUCUCCGAUCCCUCCACUCUCAACUCCGCCGAACGAGCUGCGUUGCCCUCGAAUAGCGAACAAGAUACAGGUCAUGAUGCAGCAUCUGGCAAUUGGAUCUACCCAUCACCAUCACAAUUCUUCUCUGCCAUGCAGCGAAAAGGUCACGAGGCAAAUCCUGCCGACAUGUCUUCUGUAGUGCCGAUUCACAACGCCGUCAACGAGCGAGUUUGGGCAGAGGUUAAGAAAUGGGAGGAAGGAUGGGGUAGUGAGCGUUGUGGUGGGCCAAAACUCGUGAGCUUUCAGGGUGAUAGCAAGAAACUUACGCCGCGGGCGAGGUGGAAUUCACUAUUGGGAUACAAGGAACCUUUCGAUCGGCAUGAUUGGGUUGUGGAUCGAUGUGGGAAGAAGGUGGAUUAUGUGAUUGAUUUUUACAAGGGAAGGGACGCUUUGACGCCUUUGAGCUUCUAUCUGGAUGUGAGGCCAAAGCUCAAUUCCUUUGAAGGUUGGAAGAUGAGGGCUUUCAAGGCGGUAGGGUUGGCAUGA